GCAAAAGACAUCGAGAAUGCGAUCCUCGGAGCCUUCGCUGAUCAGGGUUCAGAGGAAGCCAGGAAGUUGGACAUGCUGGAUCGUCUGGCGACAAUCGAAACCUACCAUACGAUUGGUGCCGUCCUCCAUGCGAACACAGCAGAAUGGGGUCAUUUGGAAAAGGAAUUCGGAAAAGAGAGAUUUGCUGUCAUCCAGAAGGCCAUCCUACGUGCAAAGGCGCAAUCCAAUAGGAGGGCACUUCUCGCAGGAGGUUUGGCACCCAAACCCCAAGAGGCAGCAAAAAUCUACGACGACAAGGAGGUCGAUUGUGAGAAGUUGCAUGCUUUAAGCGCCCCCGAUUGGGCACGUUUCUUAUCGAACGAAGGACUCAUUGACAUACUAAUGUUUUCCCAAGAACGCACAAAAGACUUAAGUAGUGAUUUCUUGCCCCAGAUCAUGAGCGGCAGCGUGCAAAUAGAUCAGGGCGGGAGCGGUGCGGAAGGCUAUUCUAGCAGUACUACCAUGAACGUUGGUGCUCCUCUUGUCGUGUCGAUUACCAUUAUCUUUACGCUCACUAUACCAUAUCCGAGGACUGCAAAAUGCCCAAUCGAGUUGGUACAGGUUGCCAUGAUCCAAAGGAAAUACCCAGAAAUCUGGAAGGCGUUGACGACGCCAGGCAAGGUGGGUGAAUUGGAAAUGGAGCGACAAUCGGUCACCAAUCGCUUGCAACUCUUCGCCAUCAGUGGAGCUAGUAAUGCUAAACGCAUGGAGCAGCAACGGUCCUCUGGCGCCUCGAGAAGCUCCUCAGCCUCUACUUCUCACGGAGAGGGAGCCCCCGCGAGCUUGUUGAUCCUGGGCGGACCGAUUCUGACGCAGACCGUGAACUUUUUGGGCGCUUUGAAUCGAGCCAUCCAGCGAGAGCAGAAGAAUAAUUCCACUUCGACCAGUGAGCUGUUCCGAGUUGUAAAUUUCCCGGCCUUGGACAUGGACUCUGAUAUAAAUAUCAAAGUAACAGCCGAAGCACUUCCUCCCGACAGCGGAGUUGUAGUAGACCCGGAAAUUAGACCAACAGCACACACUGCGUAAUAUUCUAAAGAGGAGUAAGGGCAGUAAUAAAUGUAAAGUGGUGGGAUUCAAAUUAAAUAAAUUUGAAUCUAACAAAAAUGUAGACAUCACACCAGCCCAAGGCUGGCUUAUUUGCCUCCCUUGUCUCUGCUGCGUUCUUCACGCCCAGCUUUUUACACUCUUACUUAACGUCUUCCGGUUCGAGGCGUAGACGCUUCCGGUUCGAGACUUGUAUAGUCUGCUGUUAUGCUUUGGCUUUGGUUCUACUGGCUAGGCUAAUGCAAUCCUUGUCCUCAAUUAAUCGCAGUCGAUUUUUCAUCAUUCUUCUUACUUAAUGCUUUCUUAUAAGUAAAAAUGGAAUACUUCAAAUGACUGAUUGACUGCAUGACUGUUAAAAACAUAAGCGUAGAGCUAAGCGCCGGGGGUCUUAAACAUAGUCAAACAUAAGCGAUAUUAUCAAGUCUCAGAAGAUACAGGUCGUUACACUUUUUCGUCCUAAAGCCUCGAUAUACUCUUGUUCAUGAAGAGUUUUUGCAGAAACUAUUCGUUUUCUGGAAUCAUCAGCCUUCCAGUCUUGAAGCGUAAAGUUGUAAAUCUCCUCUUUGUAGUACUCUUGCAGGCCGUAUAAGGAAAGAAAGGUUUGCCAAGAAGUCAGUGCGUAAUUAAGUAGAGGGCGAGACUAGAAACGAGUUUUACAUUGAACAUUGGAGGUCAACAUAGUAACGGUACACACAGAAAAAGAUGCGAAGCGUUGUGAGUUCGUUUCCAGUACAU